AUGGUGCCCUGGGAGCCCUCCGCGCCCCGGCAGUGCGGCGGCUGGACGCUGUGCGACUGCUGCUGCUGGCUGCUGCUGCCCGCCGCGCUGCUGCUGCUCGCCCGCCCCGACAAGCUGGCGGCCUUCCCUACCUCCCUGAGCGACUGCCAGACGCCCACCGGCUGGAACUGCUCCGGUUACGAUGACAGAGAAAACGAUCUCUUUCUCUGCGACACCAACACCUGUAAAUUCGAUGGGGAGUGUUUGAGGAUCGGAGACAGCGUGACUUGCGUCUGUCAGUUCAAGUGCAACAAUGACUACGUGCCCGUCUGCGGCUCCAACGGUGACACCUACCAGAAUGAGUGCUACCUGAAGCAGGCUGCCUGCAAGCAACAGAGCGAGAUACUGCUUGUCUCCGAAGGAUCGUGUGCGACCGAUGCUGGCUCAGGAUCUGGGGAUGGAGUCAAUGAAGGCUCAGGUGAAACCAAUCAAAAAGAGACAUCGACCUGUGACAUUUGCCAGUUUGGGGCAGAGUGUGACGAAGAUGCAGAGGACGUUUGGUGUGUGUGCAACAUCGACUGUUCUCAAACCAACUUCAAUCCUCUUUGUGCUUCCGAUGGGAAAUCUUAUGAUAAUGCAUGUCAAAUCAAAGAGGCAUCAUGCCAGAAACAGGAGAAAAUUGAAGUCAUGUCUUUGGGUCGAUGUCAAGAUAACACUACAACAACUACAAAAUCUGAAGAUGGGCAUUACGCACGGACAGAUUAUGCAGAGAAUGCCAACAAACUGGAAGAGAGCGCUCGAGGGAUCUACAUCCCCUGUCCAGAGCACUACAACGGCUUCUGCAUGCACGGCAAGUGCGAGCACUCCACCAACAUGCUGGAGCCAUCCUGCAGAUGUGAUGCCGGCUAUACUGGACAACACUGUGAAAAAAAGGACUACAGCGUUUUAUAUGUGGUUCCAGGUCCGGUACGAUUUCAGUAUGUCUUAAUAGCAGCUGUGAUUGGAACUAUCCAGAUUGCUAUCAUCUGUGUUGUAGUCCUCUGUAUUACAAGGAAAUGUCCCAGGAGCAACAGAAUCCACAGACAGAAGCAGAACACGGGGCACUACAGUUCAGACAACACGACGAGAGCAUCGACAAGUUCUAGUGGCAAUUUUGAGUCUACUGAACUCAGUAGUAGGGUUUUGAGUUGGUCCAAGAUCAGCGACAAUUAUGGAUGUGGGAAAGGUGAAGAAUAAUUUAACCUACAUUGAGGAGGGAUAAAAUAUUUCAGAUCCGGACUCAACUACAUUUCAUCAGCUGCCUUCUCCCAUACCAUCUAUCUUUACUCUCCCAUAGCUUAGAAAGUCCUCGCCUUCUAAAUUAAGUCCCAGCUGAAGGGGAAAUGGAAAUUCUUGGUGACUGCUUAUGGGAGUGACAGGGGUAAUUGUCUCCAACUGGGAGGGAGUAGGGGUCUGCCAAGGUGAACCCUGAUAGCAUGCAUUGCAGCAUCUCCAACUGGUCACUGGAGUGAGUGAAAAUUGCUUCCUACUGUUGACUGAAAAUUAUCAGGUUAAAUAAGUUAAUAACAUAAUAACAACUGAAUGCCAGCACAGUUUGUAUCUCAUGAACACGCUGAUAUAAUUUAUUUUUUCAAAGAGAACGUGAAAACCACUCAGAAAACACCUUAUGAAUAACUUUAUGGGUGACCC